UGCGGGAUUUCCGAGGAGCCAUGAAAGCAGCAUUUUCCCCGCAUCAACCUGCUCAGCAGCUUCCGUCUACUAGCUGCUCGUUUGUCCGCCGCACAGGUGUGUGUUCGCUCGUCCUUUUGUGUCACACACCGAAACCUCCAGAUGAGAAACUAAAAGCCCAGUGACUGGAAUAUUUCCUCGGACAGGACUGGACUGUAUCUGGCCACCGUGGAACGAGAAAGAAGGCAAAGCUAGCGGGUCUUAUCGUCACCAUGUUAGCCGGAGCACGACAGGUGCACCGCGGCAACGAGAUUUGAGACGUUAGCCGCAUCCUGAGAGAUACUGACCGCCUUUCCAGCUCUGGGAAUCUGUGUUUCAGCUCCACACAAACCCAGCUUAUAUAUGUUGCUAACACAAUCAAGCAGCCUGACCUCCAAAAAAGGCAAACUUCUACAUCAGGAAACCAGCACUCUCUCUUCAUCAUCUUCUCUCUUAUCCCUACCAAUCGAUCCUUUUCUUCCACAUCUGUCACCACUCAUCUUUCUCAUCACUUUUUCAUUUUGCCCCCCAUCCACCCGUCUCCGCCUCAUCUCUCUGGCCUCACAGACUGAGUAUCAACAUGGCCUCUGCCCCCUCAGAGCAGUCCAGUGUCCUACAAGAGGAGCUCACUUGCCCGGUGUGCCUGGACUUGUACCGUGACCCCCACUUACUUCCUUGUGGACACAACUUCUGUAAGACCUGCCUCGAUCGUCUAAAGCGACAAGCAGACCGAGGUCGCUUCCGCUGUCCAGAGUGCCGCGACAGUCAUCGGUGUAGCACAAACUUUCAGAAGAACUUUAAACUAGCCAAUAUUGCUGAUGACUACCGUCACAGGCGCAGAGCUACAACUGCAGCCGCUACAUCUUUAAAAUCCAGGGAACUGUUGUCUUCUGUGGCAGCACAGUCAGCCAGGAGCGUGUUUGCUGUUCCGUGUGAUUACUGCCCUUCAGUCGCCACCGAGGCCUCAGGCGUCAGCGCUGCUUCGGACGGACCCUCCUCUGCUUCUGUUUCUCAGGAAGGAAGUGCCAAGCAGGAAGCUGCCGCUGCGUCGAUGUUUGCUGUGAAGACGUGCUUGAAGUGCGAGGUGUCGAUGUGUCAGGAGCACGUAAAGCCGCAUCUGGAGCUGCCAGCGUUCCGCGAGCAUCCUCUCACAGAACCGAUGAAUGACUUCUGGAAGAGGAAGUGCCCAGAUCAUGAUGAGAUAUUCAGGUACUACUGCAUGGAUGACAAGAUGUGUGUGUGCAACGCUUGCACCAUAGAGGGAUUACACUCGGGACACACAAUCAAGACCCUGAAGAACACAAUGAAAGAUCUCAAGGAAACGCUGGAUAAACAGAUGUACAGGGUAGAGAGGAAGCACAGCAUGGCAGAGAAGAAACUCCAAGAGCAGAAGGAGAAGGAAAGACAGAACAAGAAGUUCAUGGAUGACUCUGAGCAGUGCCUGACCCGACUCGGUGAGGAGAUGAAGGCCAAAGUCCUCCGCUUCAUCCUCCGACUGCGAGAAUGUACGCGCACUCACUGCGACACCAACGGACCGGCGAUCCAGAAGAACAUCUCCAGGAUCUGUCAGGACCAGGCCCGACUCCAGGAGGUCCGCUGCGGCAUCGAGAGCCUCAUGCAGGAGAACGACCCUUUCCGCUUCAUCGAGGCUUACAAGACAACAGGAAAACAGUGCCGCAGGCAGCUAAGGAAAAACAUGUUCUACCCAGAGUACGUUGACAUGGAGACGGAGGUUCUUGGAGUGAUGAUGGAGGAGGAAAUGAGAAAGUUCCUGGAUGAGGAACUGCCGUGUCACAUUGGUGCUGCCAUUAACUCCCUCUGUCACCUUCCAGACCUUGAGGAGGAGGAGGAGCAGGAGGAUAACGAGGAAGAGGCUGGGGAGGAGGAAGAGGACGACGACGACGACGACCUCGAUGACAGCAGCGAGGAGGAAAUGAGAAGCGAGGGGGAGGAGGAGGACGAAGAGGAGGAAGACGAGGAAAUCAACGAUCAGGAUGAGCUGGCUGACGAUCUCUACAGCCCCGGGGAGGAGGAGGAGGAGGAGGAGGAUGAGGAAGAAGAAGAAGAGGUGGAGGAUGGAGAGGAGGAGGACGAAGAGGACCGAGGGGUUUAACCAAGGAUGUGAUUUAUAUACAUAUAUUUUUACACCUAACAAAGCACUGCAGAUUUGAUCCUGAACUGUAGGUGAGUGCAGCAGAUGUUGAAGUUCUGCGCUCAGCUUCUCUUUGAAUGUCUCCUGUAUAGAAAAGGACCCGAGCUGCUGCCACAUUUUGCCUCAAUAUUCGGACAGACAGUGCUUUGAUUCAGCAGGACUUCAAACUAACUGCAACAAUGUGAAUCUCACGCUAAACCUGCGUUGCAUAAUUAAGGUGCUUCUUAUUAGAAGGCAUUUGCUGUAUACAGUACGCACACACACAAACGUGAAUGUAUAAAGACAAAAUGUGGCUGGAAGGAUUCAAACUCAAUUUGGCCAAACCUUUGCAUGACUGUGAUGCUGGAUUUUCUACCGCUUUGCUAAAAAUCUGACCAAAAUGUGAUGAAUUUGCCUUCGAAACAUUGAUAGAUUUGAUCUAAUUUUUCUCCCGAGAACUUUCUCCCGAGGUUUUGAUACAACAACUUGUGCAGAGACAAAGGUCGGUCCUUCUAUUUACCACGCAUCGAUGAGAAAAGUUUGAAUUCCUUGAGUUUCCCAGUUUUCCAUCACCACAGAAAGCCUUUUGAAGAGUCGACUCGAGAGCCAGGCCAGCUAGAAGACAGAAAGCUGAGCAAAAUACUCCAGACCAGCAACAACCCACUGCAACAAGUCCUAUGUGUGGGGUUGUGAUUGUUUCAUGCAAGAGUUAAGCAUUGCAAGCCAAAGAGAAAGGGGGUGUGUGAGAGUGUGUGUGCGCAUGGAUACAUUGAAAAAUUUGCUUGGCAUGAUGUUACUAAAAGAAAUGCAGUGCAUUAACAACUGUUUACAUAGGCUGCAGAAUGACUUUGCUUUUCAUAGUUAUGCUUUAAAAGCAGUUAAUGCGUUGUUUAAAACAUGUCAAAUGUUCCUAUGCACAGUUCAGACAUUACUCUGAAAAUAUCAGGAGAUGUGGGGUUUUGCACUUUACUACAAAAAUGCUAUGUUAGGCCUGAAAUAUUUGAAUGUUCAAAGUAGAUUUUCAUUUUUAUAUGAGUGAUUUUGUGAGGGGCCAAACUGAUUAAAUGGGAACUACAUCAUAAUUAAUAAAGGUUGUUGAAUGUGCACAGUAA